AUGCUGCAUUCAGAAGCAGCUAGCGAAACCCUAGCAAGAAAUGGUGACGACAACAUCACCGUUGUAAUGCAUCGGGGACAUGUUUUUUCACAGAUCCGUCGCUUUGUAAUUGUCAAGGAGAUGAGGAAUUUCGUUUAUGCCUGUCCAAUCACAACAUAUUCUGGUCGGGGCACUGCAAAACCAGGGUGUGACCCAUCAGAGCAUGCAAUUGUCUACUUCUCUGGGAGUACGCCUCAAUUGGUCCGCGAAGAGAAUGAAAAGUCCAUAGAACUACAAAAAGAACCAAUCGGCGUUAAUCCUGCAGACACCAGUUUGAGAAUGCAUCCCGCAUCUCGCAUCCGAUUUGGAAAAGCAUACCCUAUCGAAUGGAACGUUAAAGUUAAGGACAUAGGGGAUGUCUUGCCAGCAGACAGAACCCGACUUUGGAGAUAUUACCUGGAAGGGCUCAGGCCAACAGACGAUUAA